CGUGACUAUGAAGGGUUCCUCUGUUCAUUACUGCUGCCUGCAGGAUCCCGUCCCUCUGCUUUUGCACUGAGGGCCUUCAAUGCAGAACUGGCUCAGGCAGAUCAAAGACUCCAUAACGCAGAAGACCAUUGGCUUGAUGCGAAUACAAUUUUGGAGAAAAGCUAUAGAGGACAUAUACCAUGACAACCCACCACAGCAACCAGUUGCAAUAGAGCUGUGGAAGGCAAUCAAGAGGCAACACUUGACCAAAAGGUGGCUUAUGAAGAUUAUUGAUGAAAGGGAAAAAAAUCUGGAUGAUAGAGCCUAUCAGAAUAUCAAUGAACUUGAGAUGUAUGCUGAAAACACUCAGAGUGCUCUCCUUUAUCUCACGCUGGAAACGCUUGGUGUGAAGGACAUUCAUGCUGACCAUGCUGCCAGUCACAUUGGGAAGGCACAGGGCAUUGUAACCUGCUUAAGAGCAACUCCAUACCAUGCUAGCAGGGGGAAGGUGUUUCUGCCCAUGGACAUAUGUAUGCUGCAUAGUGUUUCUCAAGAGGAUUUCGUAAGAUGUAAUCGGGAGAAAAAAGUAAAAGAUGUCAUAUAUGAUAUUGCCAGUCAGGCACAUGUUCAUCUGGAACACGCGAGAUCCUUCCGGAAGAACGUUCCUGUUAAAGCGUUUCCUGCCUUUCUCUAUACAGCUGCUCUUGAGGAUUAUUUAAAUAAAAUACAAAAGGUUGACUUCGAUAUAUUUCACCCGAAUUUGCAUAGAAAGAACACUUUACUACCUCUGCAUUUGUAUAUUAGAUCAUGGAAAAAAACAUAUUAAAGAGUAUUUA